AUGCAUAUAAAACAGAUUAUCAUUCAAGGCUUUAGAAGCUAUAAAGACCGUACUGUAAUAGAACCAUUAGAUAAAAGACACAAUGUAUUCGUGGGUCGCAAUGGCUCUGGAAAGAGCAACUUCUUUUCUGCUAUUCAAUUUGUAAUAAGCGAUGAAUAUGCUCACCUCAAACUCGAUCACAGGCGGUCUCUUCUGCAUCAAAGUUCAGAGCCGAUCCUCCAAGCAUUUGUAGAAAUAAUAUUCGACAAUUCUGAUUCAUGGGUUCCAAUUGAAUAUAAUGAAAUCCGCUUGAGACGCGCUAUUGGGAUAAAAAAGGAUCAUUAUUACCUCAAUGGGAAGACCGUUCUCAGAUCUGAGGUACUGAAUUUGUUGGAAUCUGCAGGUUUAUCCAGUUCGAAUACGUAUUAUAUCGUAAAACAAGGAACGAUCAAUCAGCUAGCCACAGCUCAAGAUUCGUACAGAUUAAAGGUGCUUCAAGAAGUAGCAGGGACGAAAGUAUUCGACGAACGAAAAAACGAAUCGAGUUCGAUUAUACGAGAGAACGCAUUAAAAUUACAAAAAAUCGACGAAUAUUUUAACACUCUAGAGGAACGUUUGCAAACGUUGAAGGAUGAGAUGGAAGAACUAACAAAAUAUCAGAACUUCGAUAAAACGCGCAGAGCUUUGGAAUUCGUUCUACACGAAAUUCAAUACAAUGAAAAUAAGGCAAAACUAACUGAGUUAGAAACGAAAAUACUUGACGCUUCCAAUCAACAAGAAAAACUAGCCAGCGACUUACAAAUCGCGCACGACACCAUCAAGGCUUUAUUCAAGAAAUCGAAGAAUACCAAAAAGGAUUUGGCGUUAUUGGAAGAAGAAAAAACUAUUUUAGACCACAAUAAUGACGACUUGAUCAAGAGAAAGUUUCAACUAGAAUUGACUAUCAAAGAUUUGAUAGAGAGAAAUACAUUCAACCAGUCGACAGAGGAUGAAUUGGAGCGCCUUGAUCAGACCAUAAAGGAGAAAGAAACGGAAUUAGAAAAGGUAAAGCCGCAAUACGACAACAUCAAACGACAAGAGGAACAAUACACCCGAGAGCUGACGCUAAAAGAACACAGAAGAAAUGAACUAUACACCAAAUUAGGUCGAUGCAACAUGUUUAACACCAAAGAGGAGAGAAACGAAUGGAUUAAUAACGAAUUGCAAUCUUUGAAUCAACAGUUAAAAGAGAAGGAACGUUGUCACGAUAAAUUGUACGCGGAUUCGAAGAAAGAUCAAGAGAAAAUCGUCGCGUUGACCAAAAAGAUUGAUUCGCAUUCGAAGGAAUCGGAGAAGUUUAAGAAAAAUAUCGCUCAAUGUUAUGAGCGCGUUAUCGAGUUGCAGAAGAAAAGGGAUCAGAAUCAAUAUAACAGAAACAAACUGUGGACAAAAGAAAACGAACUUGAACAAAAAAUUUCCUCCUUGAAAUACGACAUGUUGAAAAUCGAUCAAAAACUGCGGGCCGUUACAGGAAAACAAAUUCAGAAUGGUUGCGACAGCGUUAGAAAAGUCUUGGACAGUUUCAAAUCGAGAGGAGGCGACGAAGCGAAAAUCGCCGAACAGUACUACGGCACGAUCAUCGAUAAUUUGACUUACAGAGACGAUACCUCCUUGGCCGUCGAUGUGACGGCUGGCAGCAGGUUGUUUAAUCACAUAGUAGAAAACGAGAACAUCGCGACGGCCAUAUUGAAAGAAAUGAACAAGCAGAAGUUGCCGGGCGAGAUCAAUUUCAUGCCGUUGAAUCGAAUGGAUGUGCCGACUGUAAAGUACCCGAGGGAAAAGACAGCAGUACCGAUGGUAUCGAAACUGACCUACGAUAGUAAAUAUGAUAAAGCUAUGCAAUUUAUAUUUGGCAGAACCCUAAUUUGUGCCAAUAUGGACGUCGCCAGCAGACUAUCCCGCAGCUCAGGUCUCGAUUGCAUUACCCUCGAAGGAGAUAAAUUCUCUUCGAAAGGUGUUAUGAGUGGUGGCUACUUCAAUCCUUCCAAAAGUAGACUGCACACGUUCAAAACGCACACCGAACUUACCAAACAGCUAAAACAGUACGAGCAGGAACUACUAUCCUUGAACAAGGAAUUGGACCAAAUCGGAACCGUCAUCAAUGAUACUGUUUCUGACAUGCAAAAAAACGAAACGGAUAAAUGCAAAUUAAAGGGUUCCUACGAUAAGAUCAACGCUGAGCUUCGCUUAUAUCGUGAAAAACUUUCCAACAUUGAGCGUUUUCGCGAAUCCAACGAGCAAGCUUUGAAUCAAUGCAAGAUCAGUGUGGAGGCCCUGCGAAGAACCAAAGAGUCUUUGGAAUCGGAGCUGGAUCAGGAAUUGCUGUCGCAGUUGCCCGUUCGCGAUCGAGAGGAAAUUAAAGCUCUGGACGACGACGUGCAAAAGUUGAAGAAGGAUAACAGCGAGGUGGUCAAUAUUCGCGUGAAAUUAGAGACUCUGAAGGAUCAGUUGGAGAAUUUGCUUACAAACAAUUUAAAACGACGUAGAGAAGCCCUUUUAAAGACUCUCGAUGAAAUAUCUCUACAACAACGUCAAAUCGUCAAUAAAAAUGCCGAAUUAAAAGAAAUUGACGACAAAAUCAAACAAAAUAAUAAAAAAAUAGAGAGCUUUGGUAACAAAAUCGAGGAAUUCGUCGAAAAAACGGCACUCGAACGAAAAGAGUUGGAAGAACGAACGAAGAAAAUGAACAUUUUACAAUAUAAAAUCAACGAAGUGACUGAACUGUUGGAAAAGUUCGCGAUGCGACGAUAUAUGCUGGAACAGAAAAUUUCCAAAACCGAAAAGGACAUUGAGCAAUUGGGAACUUUGCCCAGAGAAAAUUUGUAUUCUAAAUAUGCCCAAAUGCCUUCUAAAGAUUUAUUUCUCGAACUGAAAAAGACGAACAAAAAAUUGAAAGAGUUCAGCCACGUCAACAAAAAGGCGAACGAUCAUUACUUGAGCGAAUUGGAGAUAAAGAAAAAGCUGCUAUGUGAGAAAUUAGAUUUGGUCAAAAGUGAGGAAAAACUCAACGAACUGAUAUCCGUGAUAGAUCAGAAUAAAACGGACGCCAUCCUUUUCACUUUCAAACAGAUCUCUAAGUACUUCAAGGUCAUAUUCAAACAAUUGGUACCGACCGGUAGGGCCAGUAUCGUCAUGCAAGUGAAAAAUCCCGCUGAAGAUGAGUCCGAUACGAGCGACGAUAAUUUCACCGGAAUCGGCAUAAAAGCUUCAUUUAUAGAUGCCGAAGUCGAAACGAAAGAUAUCAAUAAAUUGUCAGGCGGGCAGAAAUCUUUGUUGGCCCUGGCUUUGAUUUUUGCCAUACAUAAAUGCGAUCCUGCGCCUUUCUAUUUGUUCGACGAAAUCGAUCAGACUUUGGAUUCUUCUUAUAGAAGAGCCGUGGCUAAUAUGAUUCACGAAUUGUCAAAUCAAGCGCAGUUCAUAACGACCACCUUCAGUCCAGAAUUUCUGGAACACGCCAAUAAAUUCUAUGGAGUAAUGACCAGGGAUAAAGUUAGUUAUAUAGGGUGCGUGACCAAGGAGGCCGCGCUGAACUUCAUUGAAGGCAGUCCGGAGGGACAGGAUUAA